AUGGGCAAAUGUCUACUUGAAUUGUGUGAACAGUUUGAGAGCUUGCGAACUGAAUUCAGCAGUGAAGUUGAACUUUUAGCCAAAAUUGAUCAUCGGUGUUUGGUGAGGCUACUUGGUUAUGUUGACACAGGACAUGAACGCCUUAUCAUAACAGAGUAUGUUCCAAAUGGCACUCUUAGGGAGCAUUUGGAUGGUCGACGUGGUAAAAUCUUGGAUUUUAACCAGAGGCUUGAAAUUGCGAUUGAUGUGGCUCAUGGCCUAACAUAUCUUCAUCUAUAUGCAGAGAAGCAGAUCAUCCAUAGAGAUGUCAAGUCAUCCAACAUUCUUCUAACAAAAAGCAUGAGAGCAAAAGUAGGAUUUGGGUUUGCAAGGUUUGGCUCGAUGGAUUCCAAUGAGACACAUAUUUCGACCCAAGUGAAAGGAACAGUUGGUUACCUUGAUCCCGAGUAUAUGAGAACGUAUCAACUCACUUCCAAAAGCGAUGUAUAUUCAUUUGGGAUCUUACUUAUAGAAAUGCUAACAGGCCGUCGUCCUAUUGAAUCAAAGAGACCCUUUGAGGAGCGAGUGACACUUAGAUGGGCUUUCAAUAAGUACGAUGAAGGAUUUAUACGAGACUUGGUGGACCCUUUAAUGGAGGAGGUGGUGGAUGUGAAAAUCGUAAAGAAAAUAUUUAGCUUGGCAUUUCAUUGUGCAGCACCGAUAAGGAGGGACCGGCCGGACAUGAAAGUAGUCGGAGAGCAGUUAUGGGCGAUAAGGGCGGAUUAUAUCAAGAGUGUAAGAAGAGAAUAACAAGCCUACAAAACUAAAUGUGCUCUCUGCUUGAUUCAUCAAAUGUUUUUUAUUCCCUUCUUUUUUGUCUUACUCAUUUCUCUCUUUUUCUUCUUAGUUUAAUGUGUAAAAACCAAAA